CUUUCCAAUUUUUCUUAAUGAAUUUUCUUGUUUCUUUGUAUUUUUUAUCUCAAGGUCAUAAGUCUCUUUGCAUAGUUUUUUUUUGGUUUGUUGGUUGUCACAGGUUUCGAUGCUGUCUAAGAGGAAAAAAUAAUGUAUUUAUUCUUAUUUUAUACAGUCUGCUAGCACAGUUCUUUUUAUUUCAAAAAAUAGUCAAGCCACGUUCCAAGCCUCUUUUUUAAUUUCUCAAUAUCUAUUAAAAAAAGAGAUUGAUCGCUAUUUCUUUAAAGCAGCAUAUAUUAAAACGAAGAUGUUUUUUCACAUGGGAGUACAUAAGGGGUAAUAAGCUGUUUUUCAUUUUGUUAUGCGUGGUCCCAAGGUAACAAGAAAAUCAACAAAAAGAGAAGCAAGGGUAAAGCGAAGAAAUCUAUAGAAAUCAAAGAUCAACAAACGAGCAAA